AUGGCGGAAAAACAUUUGCGCUCUUACACAAGUGCUCCGAACAUAUCGAGCGAGGACAGAUGGAACAAAGCUUUUAAUAAGCUUAAGCAUAAAGAUGCUCGAGAAUUUAAAAGGCUUGAUCAGUCUGAUUGCUUGACAAUUUUGAAGCAAGUGGAAGCUUCUGCUACGAAUAAGAAAUCUGAAGCCGACAAGAAAGCUAUGAACUAUACCAGACGCGACGGAACAUCCGUUUUCACAAGGGAUUUGUUUGGAGGAGUAUUGCAGUGGGUGCAAAAGUUUCGAGAAGUAGGGAGCGUGAUUGCCAGCUACGAUCCUGGACAUGUUGCACUACCUUGGGCAGCAGUGCAAUUCUUGCUCGAGGUCGCCAUACAAGGAAGUCUAGUAUAUGAGAUUACAGCAGAAGGUGUCGAAACAAUCUCCAAGAUGAUCAGUCAAUGCAGCUAUAUGGAACAACUCUUUUUGCAGCGAGUGAGUGGAGACGAGAGCGGCUUUGAAGAUGCUUUGCUAGAUCUGUAUGUGGCUAUCUUAAAGUUCGAGUCAUACACCAUUCGUUACUACUUAAAAUUAAGAGGCCGGUGUAAGCUGUUGGCACCACUUGUCUUACCAGCGAAGCGUUUCCGAGACUAUCUCGACAACAUAUUUGUUGCGCGCACCGAACAACGAGAAACCAUUUUAAAUUGGCUUUCCAAGGAAGUGCAAGUAACCCAUCAUUUACGAAAACAAAACAACCGCCUCAAAGGCUCGUGCCAAUGGCUUCUCAACUCUAAAGAAUAUACAGAGUGGAGAUGGUCAAGUCUAUCAUCGAUUUUUUGGCUUAGCGGAAUAGCUGGUUCUGGUAAAAGUUUCUUAGUAUCUUCGGUAAUUGACGAUCUUCAGCGAAACCCACAGCUAUCAGGAGCCAAUGGCAGGAAAGAACAACCUAGGUUUCGUUGGGCAGAUUUACAGCUUGAUCAACUAUGCAGCGACGCGGUGAACGUCGAGAAAGAUAUCGACGACUUUCUGGGGAAUCUCCCAAAGUCUCUUGAAGAAUCCUACGAUCUGGUCUAUAACAAGAUUAUGAGAUCGGGUCUUGCGAGCCAAAAGGUCGCCACUAUGACAUUCCAGGUAUUACUAAAUGCGCAAAGAAUCCUUACCAGCGAUGAAAUGCUCGCUGCAGUCUCCAUUGAUCUGGAUCUGGAUCUGGAUCUGGAGAAGAUGGAUAUACUCGCCAGCAAUGAUUUUGAGAUACUCAGUGUCUGUCGCAAUCUCGUUGUAUUUGAUAACGAUAUUAGUUCUGGCGGUUCGUAUCGAUUUGCACACCAAUCUGUGCGAGAGUACUUGGUGAAAAGGACUGGAACCGAGUUCACGACUCUACAUACCGAGAUUUUCCUCAUGGAACGAUGUCUUUGUGUUUUCUUGUUGAAAUCACAAAUUACACUUGCUCCAAAACCCAUGCUUACGGAGAGAAUCCAGAGUAUUCUGGAACUCAAUGAAAGUUUUAUCAACUAUGCAACCGAGUUUUGGAUUACUCAUUGCAGGCUAGCUCAGUCUACAAAGCUGACGAGUGAGAUGUUGAAGGUCUUCAUCGGCAUUCAUGAUACCUAUAGCAACGGGUUUAUGGAAUGGAAGCAGUCGCUCUCACUGCUUAAACCUCGCGGAAACCCCCCUUUAGAAUGGAUGCUUUCAAUUAGGAAGUCAUCGUCACCGUUGUUUGUGGCUUGUCUGCACGGAUUGACGGGGGUAGUUAAGGCUCUGUUGUCACACAAGAGUACCGACUGGAACGAACUUUCGGAGCUCGAAGUGACUGAGGAUGUCCAUGUAUGGAGUGAGAGUGAAGCCGCAUACCAAUAUUACCCUCUCGAGAUUGCUGCGAGUAGAGGUUACAUGGAGAUUGUGAGGCAAUUCCUUGCAGAACCAUACUAUGCUAGAUGCAACACCGGACAAACUAUUGGGACACGAAGUCUCUACGCUGCUAUUCGUGGUUCACACCAAGAACUUACAAAAAUGCUCCUCGAGUAUGGUGUAGAUACGAACGGUCACAUUAGAGGAGACACGUGCCUUAAUUUCUGUUGCCGCGCAGUUAAGGAGGGAAAGUCUGGUUCAUUAUCAAAGCACUAUGCUGAUGCGAGACUGUUCGGUCAGGAGGCAAAAGAUGCUAUGGCUAUGCUUUUGUUGGAACACCAUGCCGAUGUCAAUCUACCCAAUCAAGAUAGCAGAACGCCAUUGGAAAUUUCAAUCGAGCACGAAGCAACCAAUAUUGCCAAAGCCUUGAUUGAGCGAGAUGCGAAGCUACCAGCGAGAAUAGACAGCGUCUUACGCGCUGCUAUUAAGAGCGGGGACGUCGCUUUACUACAAGCGCUCCGCACAAAAUUAAGAGUAAAUUUUGCUCAAAGGGAUUCGGAUGGCUCGACCUUGUUACGCGCGGCUCUCAAAGUUAUUCGCCCCAGUCGGGAUGUCAUUCAAUUUCUCCUCGACGCCGGCAUUGAUAUCGGGGCAGUAGAUCGACAGCAGAGGACGGCCUUGCAUAUCGCCGUACACUCAAAAGAGUACGUUACGCCGGUCACAUGUCAUACUGCCGUUUCACCCGCAUUUUUAUCGGCCGUGACUUUUUUACUUGAUAAAGGUGUGCCAAUUGAUGCUGAAGAUUGCCGUGGGGGAACCGCUCUAAGACAAGCAGAAAUGGUUCACUAUCUGCCUGAAGCCGGCAAUAUCAACGACCUGGACGAAGAUGAUGAUCCACAUCUUAAUCAUCCGCUCAUCAAUCUUCUACUAUCCCGAGCCAAGAUCAAGACCAAUAUCCAAAACUCGGAUAGAGAAACCCCAGAAAUUAGGUCAUCUCUGUCUCCGCCACUCAUUGACCGAGAAACAAAUACAAGUUCGCAUCUUCGACAGCAAUCUGUAAAAGAUUCUGCCGAAGAUUCCGCUAAUAACUCUCAUCUCGACAAUUCUGAAAGCACAGGUGAGAUUGAGGACGGAGAGUGGAUUACGGAAACACAUACUCUCUUGAACAUGAGGACGUUGGUAGUGAGACGGCGAAGAAUCUAA